AUGGCGGUCGCUCACAAUCUCGCCCUCCCCCUGCUGGUCGCCAGCGACGCAGACACCCUCGUCUAUAUCGACCCCGCGCCCGAAGCGAAAGCCCUCGCGGCCACCAGGCUGAUCAUGCCACAGCUGGGUUUGAACCGAGUACACAGUCAGAAAUUGCUGGAUACGGGGUCCGACUACUUGAAGUGCCUGUUCGACCCGCGCGUUCAAUCACGAGCCAUGCGUCGGCGGUUUCCUUCUGGGUUGCCCUCGGCCUUUCAGAGCAUCAAGUACGUGCUCGACCUGACCCCGCCCGAGGUGGACGAGGAGGCCGUCAUCUUCCUGGCGGAAUUGUCCUGCCCCUUGGGUGUCCGGGUGUGGGCACGAUCUAGAGCGCGCUGGGGGCUGCCCAGCUCGCGAGUCGAGGGCGUCGACGAGACCGACCCUGCAGACCCGGAGAUGCCCCUGGAAUAUUCCCAGGCGAGACACCGCACAGGCAUCGAGCGCGUGCUACACGCCCUGGAAGGCCAGGACCCCUGCCUCGACACGCCGUGCAAGAUGUGGACGUUCUUCGCCCUCGCGCGGCUCUUCGGGGUCGCCGCCGCGCCUCGUGCCUUUGACCACAUCCUCUCCUGGUUCUUUGAGCCGAACAACGCCACAUUUAUCCAGGUGAAUCCGGAGCUCACGUACCGUAUCGCCUGUGGCAUCCGGUAUCCAGUGCUCUGCCGUGACGCCUUCGCCAUUCUCGUCGGCGAGGAGGCCCUUCACCUGCUGCUUGAUGACCAGUCGCAGGGCCGCCCGCGUGCCCAGGCGACCCGGUAUGGUCGUCUGCGCGAGACGCUCGACGACACGGAGCUGCAGCGCAUCGAGUACGCCAGUAAAAGUUUCCUCGACCAUGUCCUCGACCGCUUCGUCUACCUCGCCGGCACCACAAUGCCCUGGCUGGAAACGCUCCCCGAGUACCGCAAGAUCUUGGACUUUUCCCCAGCCACCCAGGAGCAGCAAGUGGUUGUCGUCGCUCUCGUCGACACGGCCAAGAGCUACAUCCGUGCGUUAAUCUACCAGAUGCUGCGCCCGCAAAAGGUCUUGCCCCUGGUGGGAUUAGUCACCGGCACACUGAAGGAUGGAAGCUUCCAGGACUAUCCCGGCGCGACCUUGCUGACGGCGUAUAAUAGAAUGCCAAGCUUAGCUCGCAUCCUGACCCGGACUUCCUGGGAGAAUCUCGUCUCCGACACUCUCGCGAGCGAUCAGGAGCACCUGUACAUUCGGAAAACCUCUCUUAGAAUCCCGGAACACGCAGGCCUUUCCGCGACUCUCACAGAUCAACUCUGCCUGGAAACCCGACCCGUGCUUGUCAGCGAAGUGAGCGAUGCCACAGAGGCUUUUCGCGAGAUCUCCUUCGUGCAGUCUGGGACUGAAAGACAGCAACGACUCCGACUAUUCUCCUGGCCUCAGCUCAUUACCGAGGUCACCGCCUACGUCAACGAAUUCGCACAGGGUAUGCUCGCCUUCCCCGAAGCAGAGAGCAAGUCGUACGGCUUCCGCUUCGCCAUCACCGCCACGCUCACCUGUCUGACGGAGAAUGAGUUCCAAUUCCUACCUCUAUGGGCUGGGGGUAAUGACGACGGCACGGGAGGCGUCUUCCAGGGUCCCCCGGUUCCUCUUAUGGAGACCGGGGGGUUUUCGGCCCCAGGUCCCUCGGUGCACACGGGGAGUGUCGCAGCCACGUCGGAUCUAAAUGAUGACGACGACUUUAGUGAGAUUCACCCGGAUGACGCGGUGAGCACGGUGCUAGGAGCUUCCCAUCGGGCUACGGAGGGACACACGGACGAAGUUGUCUCUGUCAAUGAAGAAGUCGUCCUGGUUGAGGCGUUGGAAGGAGAAGCCCUCGAUUGGAGCCAGCUGGAUCAUGUCUCGAACCAUCUUGACUUGGACGGGAGUGACGACGAUACCAUUAUGGGAUCACCGGAGACUGUUGGGCUGAGUGAUGGCGAGCUGGUCGAUGAUUCGGAUGAUGACUGGAAUGAUGAGCAUGAACAUGAUGAGUAUGAGCAUGAUGAAGAGAUACCAUAA